AUGGACUUGGAGUAUCGGCACCUGUUGGCACCGAAUGGGCCACCCUUGAUUCCUCCGAGCGACUUUCGGUCCCCCCGACUACCCCAGCUCGAUUUUAUGCAGAGGAGCCCCGAAUCUGGCGAGAUGGAGAAGACUCCGCCGGUCACAGGCAAGCGCCGAGGUGGUAGCCGGAAGGCCUGCAACGAGUGUAAGCAGCAGAAGCUUCGAUGUGACAUUGUCCAAACUCCGGCCGCGGCGUGCUCGCGCUGCCGCAGGUUGGGGAUCGACUGUAAAGUUGAACAAUCGUUCAAGCGAAUUUCUAAGAGAAGACGCAAUGCGGAGAUGGAAAAGGAGAUUCAAGAUCUCCGCCGCCGCCUAGCAUUCAAUCCAGAGCAGGAGGAAGGAGCCGAGUCUCAUGUGGGUGAUGAUCUUUCUCAAUGCUCAGAGGAGGCUUUCAAGAGGCGCGACUCAGCUCCCGCUGAGCGCUCCCGGCCGGUAUCAGUGCCUGUUGAACAGCACGCAUCCAUUGCAACUCCAAUCACGAUGCAAAGAGAUGGAUCUAUCUUGUCCCAGGAGGAGAACACUCCAUGGAGAUUGGAAGACAUCGCUCUCUCGCGAGCCCGUGUGGCACGACUGUUUGAACAAUAUUUCAAUUACUAUCACCCUUUUCUUCCACUUUUGAAUCCCCCAAAGCCCCCGGAGGUCUAUCUUCACCGAUGCCCUUUGUUGGCCUGGACGAUCAUUUGUGUGGCCAGCCGAAGGUCCCCCACGGAGCCUUGGCUUUUGAGUGCCCUUUCCGGACCUUUCAGUCGACUUUUAUGGUCAACAAUUACCAGUGUUCCACAGGACUACCGAGUUGUCAAAGCACUCUGUGUACUGUGCACAUGGCCUCUUCCAACAACGAGUCAACGGACAGAUGCGACGUUCAUGCUUAGUGGUCUCAUGAUGCAAAUCGCCAUGCAGCUAGGACUGCACCGCCCAGUGCAGGCAGAGGAGUUCACUACAUUCCAGAUGGAAGUUCAAGGAGAGGCACUCAAGGAUCGCUUGCACACAUGGCCCCCUAGCACAAUAUAUGAUUGGGCUCUUGAGCCUCCCUCCUUGAAAGAUGCCGAUUACCGCCUCCCCGAAGAUCUGAUGAUCAGGUUGCGCAUUGAGAAGUUCUGCGACCGUGUCACUAAGGCCUUAUAUAGCAGCAAGCCUGAACCGGGGGAGUUUAUCAGCGCGGAAAAGCUUGUUAUUGUACAAAUUCUUGAAACGGAGCUACGAGAGAUGGAAGUUGAGUUUGGUCGCGGCAUCUCUGCAAUCAACAUGAUCCAUCUUCGCGCUGCAGAGUUGCACUUUCGAUACUUCGUGUUCCUGGGCUCCAAUGCACGAAGCGAUGAUCUCACAAAGCUCUUUAUCGCAACAACCUCAUUCCUAGGGCGGGUGCUAGACCUUGAAACGUCACCUGGGGAACUGAUCGGUCAUUCUACCAAUUACAUUCUCCAGAUGAUCGUUUCUGCGGCAUUUGCUCUCAUGAAACUAUUAAAGAGUAGCUUCAGCCGACACAUCGAUUUCAACCAUGGCAAGCUUCUAUUCAACGGUGCUAUCUCAGCCAUUCGCAGGAUCAGUGUCAUGGAUCACGAUCGUCCAAUCCGCCUCGCUGAUAUUCUUGCCCAAAUGUGGAAUGCGACUGGCCCGGAGCCCGCUGGAGAGGAUGGUCUACAACUCAAAGUUCGUUGCCGCAUGAGCAUGAGUCACGUCUACGACACCGUCUGGCGUUGGCGACAGCGUUUCAGACCAGUAAAAAGCAUCGAAGAAAUGCAAGCCGCAGUCGCUGCGGCGAAUCAAGAUAUUUCGACAAUAGGACCCCUUGGCCGACAGCAGGACAGCUCCCUCGAGGAUCCAUCAUUGAUGAUACCCAAUCAGUUCGACGAGAGCGGCGCGUUCUUUAGCGAAGCUGGCUUCUCUGAAGUUUUCGACUCCCUGAACUGGGUCUUCGAGGGGAUUCCCGACUCGUUUGUCGCUCCUCCAGUCCUUUAA